AUGAAGUCAGAAAGUCCGUCGGGAUAUCGUAGAAAGAAAUGUGACUUGGCCAAUGCAAGCGCCUCUAAAGAUGUCUGGGAGAUGUUACCUGUCUCAACUCUUGACACUGGCACCGUGUACAGAAACAUCUACUGUGCCCAGUGCAACAACGACAGCUACAACAUCUCCAUAUGGCAAGUGUCCAUCUCCUGCAAAUCCACGCUCUCUGACCUGCUGCAUCUAGCCCGGACGAAAGAAGACGCCAUUCUGCUACUCGCUACAGAAGAGGGUCAGGAAAGGACGCAGUGCACAAUGGCAUUUAAGAUACCUCCCCACGUGACUGAUAAGUGUCAUGAGCAACUGUGUACUGAGGGUAAAUAUCUAACGUUAUCAGGCGAGUGCCGGAGUCUCGUAUCCUCCAACAUGCUGGGGUACCAAGUAUGCCUCGUGUUUGACGUGAGCACGGAACAGCCUUUAGACGACAGCCAGGCUGAAGGCGUGACCAUGUGGAGACCAAAGAACACGUUUAAGAUUCUAGAAAACGUCCUAGCUUUAGACAACUGGUGCCCUAACAACACUAGGAUAUCAGUCCACUGGCAGGCGAAGUUUAUAAGUAACGGUUUACUUGAAGACUUAGAGCAAGACGUGGAGAAGGCUAUAGUCAGCUACAAACAAUUCAUUAAAAAAAAUAUCCGCACAAACCUUGCAUAUAUUAGCUAUAGAUUCUUAGACGCAUGUCCCAGUGUGUCUUCUCUAAAGCAUACAUGUCUGGGAGAUAGUAAACGAUUUCAACCCCGUACACUGUUUGAUGUUUUUCUGGAAGAUAAUCGUGUACAUUUCAUAUACCACACAGUAGUCACAAGCUGCAGUUUUCUAGAACUUCCCAGAAGUCAAUUUUGGGAUAAAGCGGAUGACAUCGUUGAAUUCAUACAAACGAAAAAAGAAAUUUCUUCAAGAAAAAUGUAUUUUGUUAACGAAACAAUUGUACGCAUUUGUGUGUCAGACUAUAUGGAUCUUACAACAGCUGACUUGAACAUUACAUCGACUAACCAAACCCUUAAAAUAUUGCACAUUUCAACAACAGGAGGAUUGAUCUCAGUUAUCUGUACGGGAAUAUCCCUCACCUGUCUUCUGCUAACAUUCAUCACAUAUCUGCUGCUGCCUACAUUGAGAUCUGCUAGCGGCAAAAACAUCAUGGUGCUAAUCGUGACUUUAUUUUUAGCCCAAACAUUUUAUCAGUUUACACUGGAACAUUCUGAAGACCAGACGACAUGUCUCGUGUUUGGAGUGCUCAUCCAUUACACGUGGAUGGCUGCUCUUUUCUCCAUGAACGUCUGCACCAUUGAGAGAUUUUACAUGCUUUGUUUUCCUUUGACGUCCCGCGCCUUUUUCUUGACCAAACGACCUUUCAUCUUGGGCACGGCCUACACACUGCUAGCUCCACUUGCUGUGUGUGUUGUCAACAUGGUGGCUAACUACGUCACAAGCGGACAGCUGGGAUACGGCGGGGACUAUGUCUGUUUCAUCACGUCCAAAGUCUCAAGAAUCGCGUCGUUUGCUGUCCCUGUGGCGAUCAUUGUCCUGGUCAACAUUUCUCUGAUGACCUUCACGGCCUGUAAACUACGUCGUGGCUCGUCCACGCAGCGCCAGUCCUCGGUACAGUUGAAGCUAGGUCUGGUUGCCAUGGUGCGUCUGUCUAUUAUCACUGGUCUCAUGUGGCUGCUGGCGUUUCUCUACGAUGUAUCCAGCAACAUGUAUGUGGACUACGUCAUCACGGCUCUGAUUGGUCUACACGGCGUUUUCCUGUUCUACAGCCUCGUUGUAAACAAAAGAGUCGCUCAACUAUUUUUAGAUCUGUGUCACACAAGACAGCAAUCAGCCCAUCAUGUGCGACAGGAACCGACACCGUCUGCUAUUUCGGGUAUUCCCACAACAAGCACUGACUGCAAUAGUGGUAAAACCUCAAGCAUCACAAGCGAGAGCAACAUGUAA